GACCAGAUGAUCAUGAUGGUCCCUAUUGGCCUUAAAGUCUAUGAGGAAGAGAAGGAGGAAGAUCUGGGCAGAGUGGAAGAGGAGGAGGAACACAAAGAGGAGGAAUUGGACCUGAUAAUGAAGGAGGAGGAGGAGGAUGCCAUGGAGGAAGCUGCCCAGAGGUCAUCAUGGAACAACUCCAGGGUGCAGACAAGGGUUCAGGACAUGGCUGAGCAGAUCCACUUCCUGCAUCGCCGGUGUACUUCGCAGCACAGAAGAGCUGGCAGGACACCCUGGAGAUGUCCAACUCUAAAGUAGCCUGGAGGAAAGGGUCAUGGAACUAACUGAGGAGCUUCCCUGGGACUCUGGGCCCAGCUCUGUCCUCUCCAGCUCCAUGGACCCCAUGUGAAACCUCACGUAUCAGAACCUCCCACCCAGCUCCCCCAACCCCGGUGCUGCUGAGGCCCCAAAACACUGCCUCCUCCAUGGCCAGGUUCACCUCCACCUCCUCAACAGCCUACACCAAAGGCCCCGAGGGUCUUUGACCAUCCGCAGAGAAAGCGCUACAUCGGCGACAGUUCCGAGGAGGAGGAGGGAGUGACCAAGGGGAGCCUUUGGCCCAGCCAUUGAUGGAUAUGCCAGAACCUGAAACCCAACUGCUUGUGAGACACCCCGAUGAGUGUGACGGCCUCUUCUCAUCCACCCCCCUGGAGGAAGAAGGCGAACUCAGCUCGGGGGAGUCACCGGCGGACAAGGUGAACCGAAAAGACGUCGCUCAGCUCGACAACGCCUUUCUAGAGGACCUGGAGGCCCUGGACAACAUUGCAUCAAGCAGCGAAGAUGAACCAGGCCCACCUUGUUUUUGCUCAACGCUGAUACAAAAUGUUGAAGAGGACUCCGAGGAUGACGGCUAUGAGGAGUUUAGGAGGAGGCUUGGCAUGGAACUAACUGAGCCAGUGCCACGUCGUGAGCGUAAAAAAGUCAUGCGGACUAUUGUACGCGUUGCUGUUUAUGCUGUCCUUAACCACUGUCUUAGGGAAAAGCUUUCUGAAGAUUGUGAGGGCUGUGUCAUAGAUGCGCCAGGCCAGUGGUGCCGUGACUGUGUGACUUGGACUUCAGUGGAUAUAAACUGCAAGCUCCGGGGCCUGUGUGCUGAGCUGGGUUUGGAAAGCUUACUAAACACUGUGAUUGCCAUAGGUUAUGCUAUGCAAUGUCUGUGCCUCACCCAAGAACAUUUAGCGCAAUGGGUGACCUUGAUAAAUGCUGUGCAAUUCAGUGGAGACCCUGACCCUGUUUUAAAGAAAAUGACCAAACCAGAAGAUGCCUGCUUGCAGAGCUAUACUGACCGUCUAGUCUGCACAAAAAGUUACAGAACCCUGCUUCAGAAAAAGGCUAUUUGUAAGAAAUCUAAAACGAUUAAGUUAGAGAAUGGUGAGGGGACAAACAUACAAUAUAAAACUUAGUAGCUGUAAAUUUAAAAAAAAAAAACAUUGAAAAGGGCUUUGUGACUAUCUGUGUUUGUGUUAGAAGGCCUUUGGCCCUUACGUGAGCUAAAAGUUUUAAUGAAGCAUCUUGGUUUGUUUUCAAGGAGCUGUAUGUCUUUUAAAUAAAAAAUAAAUUGUUUGUGAGAA